CAUACUCUCUCACACACACAUUCUCUCUCUACACACUUUCUCCAUCUCACACUCUCUACGUACACACUUACUGUCUGCUAAAUAACAGUGUCAGGAAUAUCAUCUAUCAUGGUGGGCUACUGUCCCAUCUGUGGGAAACCCGUCUACUUUGGUGAGAAGAAGAGGUCAUUGGGGCGGGACUACCACCCUCUGUGUCUGAAGUGUCAACAGUGUCAAAGACAGUUGACCCCGGGACAACAUGCUGAGCAUGAUGAGAAACCCUACUGCACGAACUGUUACAUGAAGACGUUUGGUCCCAGAG